AUGGGGGUUAAUCAAUCAUGGUUCCCGGAAAUCAUCCUGGUGGGAUUCCCACUCAGUGCACAGAAGGAAAUUCUCCUCUGCUGUGUCUUCUCCCUGCUGUAUGUCUCCAAUCUGCUGGCAAAUGGCAUGAUCUUGGGGCUCAUCUGGCUGGAUGUCAGACUGCACACCCCCAUGUACUUCUUCCUCUCUCAUCUGGCCAUCCUUGACAUAGCCUACGCCUCCAGCAAUUUACCCAAAUUGCUGCAAAAUCUAAUGAAACACAAAAAAACGAUCUCCUAUGUUACAUGUAAUGCACAGUUAUAUUUGUAUUUGACUUGUGGUUGUACCGAGUGCAUGAUUUUGGUGGUGAUGUCCUAUGACAGGUACGUGGCCAUCUGCCAUCCUCUCCACUACACAGUCAUCAUGACCUGGAGACUGUGCAUGGUGCUGGCCAUCACCUCCUGGAUAUGUGGCUCUUUACUGGCCUUAGGAAAUCUAAUUUUCUUUCUGAGAUUGCCCUACUGUGGUUCCCAGGAGGUGAAUUCCAUCUUCUGUGAACUCCAAGCUCUCCUCAAAGUGGCCUGUGGGGACACUUGGAUUAACAAAGUUUUUGUCCUUUUUUCUGGUGCAUUUAUCCUAGUGGGGCCCCUUUCCUUGAUGGUGGUCUCUUACAUGCGUAUCGUCUUGGCCAUCCUGAAGAUCAAGUCAAAGGAGGGCCGCAGAAAGGCCUUCUCCACCUGCUCCUCCCACCUCUGUGUGAUUGGCUUCUACUUUGACAUUGCCAUGAUGAUUUACGUAGUCCCAGACAAUGGUCACCGAGAUGAGCAGAAGAAAGUCCUGACACUUUUUUAUGUCCUCUUCAACCCAUUGCUGAACCCCCUCGUUUACAGUCUGAGGAAUGCUCAAGUAAAGGCCGCCCUCAAGAGAGCAUUGCAGAAACAGAGGGCAUUAUGA